GUGGCCCAGUAGCUUGUGGAAGCUGCAGGAGGAGGACCCAGAGAGAGCACUGUGUCUGUCUUGAGAUAUCCUGCCGUGAUGGAGCGGCUGAGAGCCCUUCGAGGUCUCUUUGCUUGUGUGGGCUGCAUGCCCAGACGUACGCGUCGCGGGAGCAGAGGCAGGGUGGCAAGCUCUGCCCCUGCCUGUCCCGUGACGUUGCUGCUGCAGCGCCUGCAAGACAGGGAGGGUGACCGAGCGCAGGCAUACUGCGAGCUGGAGAGCGCCCUGUGGGAAGAGGACAGCCGCCCGCCAUGCGGGGUGGCAAACCGGCUGCUGGCAGAGGUGUCCCAGGACCUGACGGUGGCCCAGGUGAGGGGUCACUCCCGAAGGCAAAGGGAGCCGCCUGCCCGCGCUGGCAUUCUGCCGGCGGACGGCGGUGGCUUAGCCCUUCCCAGGGCCUCAGGCAGUCUCCUGUGCCGCGUGUCACCAGGGACAAUUUUUCAGGGCGCGACAGACAACGUGAGGACAGCUGCCAGCAACGUCCUGGUGGCUCUGGCCCGCUCGCACUUCAGCUUGGUGAUGGCCGAGCUCCAGGGCCACCUGAAGGCCGUGGCGGAGAUGUCCAAGGAGUUUGCGCUCAUCACCCUGAGCAAGCUGUUCAGCAGCUAUGCUCCGCAGUGCAUCACCUUCAUGUGGCUGACACUGGCCGGCCUGCGCUGUGUGGCCGGCCAGGUGAGGAGCGGCCGCACCCUGCGCGUCGCUUGUGCUGUUAUGAAACAAUGGUCAGAAGGAGUCAGGGCUCACUUGUGCUCUGGAAAGCAAUGCCCCUGGCCCGCCACAGAGAAAGAGCAAAUCUGUGAGAAUCUUUACCAGCUCCUCUGCUCUGUGGUGAGGAACUGGUGGGGCUGCGAGGAGGAACAGGACAAACAGGCCGUCGUCGGGGCUGUGGCUGCCAUGAUGGAUCUCCUCCUGCAAGAGGAGCUGCGCCGACAGCACAUCUGGGAGCAGCUCCUCUGGCUUGUGCACCAGUGUCAGGAGGUCCAGGACACCUCCAGGGUGACCAAGAGCCUCGAUAUCUUGGAGGGAGUUCAGUCUGUCAUCCCCAAGGACACCUUGCUGGCCAUCACCAGUGCCGUGUUCUGCGAGCUCUCUGAGGACACCAAACAGCACAGCGAGGCUGAGAGCACGAAGAUGACCCGCUGCAUCCUGCUGCAGGCCCGCAUCUGCCCGGAGGAAACGGUCCUAAUCCUGGCUAAGGAGUAUUUUUUUUACCAAGUCUUCAUUUUAAUAGCUGCUGUAGACCGUCUCUUCUCCAUACCAGUUACGCCAUGCGCUGGUCUGCAAGGGCAGCGGACGUCCGGCAGCACAGCUUGUGGCUGCGCAGGCAUGGGCGUUUCCAUGGGACACCAAGACCCCUGCUGUGGAUACGUUGUGUCUCCUGCAGAAUAUCGUCCAAACACAUGGCUUGCCAAAACAGGUUACUUUGUAGUUCACAGUCAGAGAACUACAGCAAUACCGGGUUCUUCCUAA